GCUGGCAAUAUUUUCUUCCGGAUGUUGAUAUUUUAAGGAAAGUAUAAUAAUGGCAGCCCCCGGCCAAGGCAUCAUGCAAAUGCAGAAUCAGAUGCCCGUUUCCUCAAUUAUGCAUCAUCAAGUUGGAGUAGUACCGACUCAGCAAAACCCUCAAAUCCAAGCACCACAACCUCAACAGGGACCAGAAACAGAUCCCAUAGCAAAGUUCAAAAACCUGUUACCCAGAUUAAAAGAGUCAUUAGUGGUAGGCGUAGGCCUUGAAUCCUGAAAUAAUAUUAAUAAAUAUUAAAUAUAUAAUUAUGAGUAGCCUACAAGUACAAGUCUGACUUGACUAUGAUAAUUUCAAUUUACAAUUAAUUUUUUGGUAACAAAUUUUUGCCUUUUGAUCUCAUUUCUAUCUUUUAAUCUCAUUUCUAUACUAUAAAAAUAAUUUUAAAUAUAUAAUAUAGUAUAAGUAUAGGCCUAAGCCUAAGGUUUUGUUAAUCACCAAUCAAAAGAAUAUAUAAUUAAUUGUCUGUCACUGUCUAGUUAUAAUAUUGGAUAUAUUUUAAACUAUUUAUUAUAAGUAUAAGCAGUGAUUUAGUUUAAGUUUUACAAACCAUUUACUUUUUAUUUCAUUAUAGAAUCUUUUUAAAACUGGAGGUCAUCUGUUUUAUCAAAAUGCAAGUCAAGAUGAAACUGGGUUUGUUUACUUUUUUUAAAAUUGUAAGUUUGUUAAAAAAAUCAACUUCUUGCAGAAUUAUUCUGAGAAUACUAAUGCUCAACAAUUGAAGCAUGUUUGUUGUUAUUUUUUAAAAUAAAACUCAAUAUUUGACUUUUACUUUUACAGAGCACAGAUGGAUAAUGUGACUGGUAGAUUUGAAAAAUGCCUUGAAGAGUUCUAUGCUUUAUGUGACCAAGUUGAAAUAUAUUUGGUAUGUAAGGGGAUGCACUUUUUUAAUAAUUUUGAGCUCAUAAUUUUUAAUUUAAUAUUUAAUUUAUUGACAAAUUUUAUUUAGUUGAUCAUUUCAUUGGAGUGAAAUAUUCAGGAUAUGACACUUUUGAAGAAUUAAAAAAAAAAUUUUUUUGUUUAAUUAUAGCCUUAACCUUUUUUCAAUCAACUGAAAAAAUAACUUUGUAAAAUGUUGAAAUUGUAAUUAUAAAACUAUGAUCAAGAAGUUUAUACCUAUGUAUUAAAAUCAUUGUGUUUCAGAAACUGGCUCAAGAAGUUAUCCAGCAAGACAAAGACAGUAACCGCAAUACCCCUAACUUGAUACUUCCACAAAAAAUUGAUGCAUCUCAACCAGAGGGCCAGUUAUAUUCACAAUACUUAUCAACGGUCAGAGCACAGAUUAGUUGCGCAAAGGACAUCAGAGAUUUACUACAUGAUUGUUUAAAAAGUUUUCCAGAACAUUCCCAUCCAUAGCAUUAAAGAGAUAUAAAUGAAAGGACAUGAUAGUAUUGAUAGAAAUUCAUUAUCCUCUUACAGUUACAGUCUAAGCCUCCAAAUGUACCUAUCGCCACAUUUUUUUUUUUUUUGCCUUUCCAGGUGAAUUUUUGCACUUUAACUUUAAAACAUGAAAGAUCUGUAUUUUGAGUCCGAUUUUUUAGGUCACAUAACUCACAUUGAUUUUCUGAGAUGGAUUGUUUAAAAGAUUAGUGACACAAUGACAGAAAAAUACUGGUAUUAUAUUCCUACAUCUGCAUGAUUGAGCAUUAAUUUUAUUAAAUUAAUAUGGUUUUUUGAAUUGUUCAAAUAUGGUAUUAUUUAAUUUUAAAUACUUAUUGAAAAUAUUAGUAAUUGUUCUAUUCAUAUUCAAUUUAUAAUUUAUGAGGGUAUUUAAAAAUCAAAUAUAGGAUAACAAUGUCUCAUGCCUGCAUAAAGUCUCAAAAUGUUGGGUUUUUUUUUGCUACCUUACACAAAAAGUAAAUUGGACAAAAUUAUCACUUAACUUUAAGUUAAAUUUAAACUGAUUUGAAAUUUAUACUUAAAGUUAUAAUGAUAAUGUAAAUAAAUGUACAGCUAACUUCAUAAGAAUGUGAAUAAAGAUGAGUAAACAUAGCAUAUAUAUCUUGUUUUCUAGAUUCUGAAAAGAGAUGGGGUCUUGAAGGCUUUGACUCACUUCUGAGCAUUUAGUAAUUGUUGUCUUGUAUGUUUUAAAAAAAAAUCAUUUGACAUUUGUUAAUUAAAAUAUUUGGAU